AUGAAACUGCCUCCCACCCAGGUCCUCCUUGCAUGGCCCACGCCGAACUACGUCAAUCCUGUGACACGCGGCGAUGCUCUGCUCAUCGUCAACGCUGUACUCAUUGCGCUGGUAGUGAUAACUGUCGGGAUGCGCAUGUACACGCGCUUGAUCAUCAAAAGAUGGUUUGGCAUCGAUGAUGUGUUCAUCCUGCUUGCUUUAGUUUUUGCCAUUGGCUUGACUGCUGUCGUGUUGUUGGCAAACCAGCGUUACGGUUGGGACAGACAUAUCUACGACAUACCUUUAAAUCAGCUCAUGCCGACCCUGAAGAUUGGCAUGGCCGCCAAGGUAGUCUUCACAGCAGCAGCAACAUUCACAAGGUUAUCUCUUCACUGUUUCUACUACCGUCUGGUCGCCAAUACAGGAACGACGUGGUUCAAGUGGUUAAUACACUUUAAUGUUGCUUACACUCUUGGCAUUUUGGUGUCAUAUACUUUCAUCGCCAUUUUCCUGUGUAACCCCGUCUCGGAUUACUGGGUAAUCGGCUCGCCGGCUGGUAGUUGUAUGAACGAAGGCACUGCGACUAUCAUAUGCGGAAUUAUCAAUUGUGUUGCCGACUUCGCCACAACAGUAACGCCAAUUCCACUUGUCUUAGGCCUCCAUAUGCCGCGUCGUCAACGUUAUGCUGUCGCCCUCCUCUUCUCUAUGGGAAUCAUCGUCACUGUCGCAGGUAUCGUCCGCACCUGGUUCAUCUACAAAUCGUUGAUCACUACUUACGAUAACACAUGGUAUGCCUAUCCCCUUUGGAUCGCCGCCGCGGUAGAAAUCGAUUUGGGCGUUAUCUGCGCAUCAGCUCCAGUUCUGAAGCCGCUUCUAUCGAAAAUCCCUUUUAGUCUAUCCGGGACCUUCUCCGGUGGCGUCUCGCUCAAGAAAAAAUACCUUGGUUCCGGCUCCAUCUCGAAGACAUACAAAAUGUCGACCACAACGGCCGAAGUCUCACGGAGCACUCCGAACGCAUCCAACAUGUCGUCGAAGCGAAAGUCAGAAGCGAUCGUAGCUGCGCCAGAUUUAGACGAGGACCAAGGCAGAAGCUAUGAACUGAAACACUGGGACGAAGAGCGCGCAAUUGCAAGUCCCGAGCCUUUCGAACAGCCAAAAAGGAGUCAGAGUCAGGAUGCUAUGCUUAGAGUAGAUAGUAACGAAGAGACGCCAAAGGGGGUGGGCUUCCAGAAGAUAUGGCAAAAGAUGCGCACCCGGGAAUUGGACUCGUCCUGCGAGGACAUGACAAUCACAAUGACCUCAGAGAUCGAACUCUCCAACGAUCCAGCGAGCGCGUACAACUCGAAACGCAACUCGCGGCACAGAGACUUGUUCAAACAACCUCGCGCAACCAAAGACUAG